UGAAGGAAUCCUUCCCGUUUCCUGUUGCUCCCCUUCUUCAAACGUCUCCAAAGUGAGAUCAGCUUCCCUCCUAAGUAGUGCAUCAAGCCGCAGCGACCAUGACAGUUCGAAGAUUCGUGCAAUACGUUCUGCAUAACAGAAAAACAAGGAAAGCUGCGCUUAAUGUUGCAGUGUGUGGGCUUAUUCUCACGAGCCUGUUGAUCGGCUCGAACCAAGUGCACGUGGAGAGGCGCCCUGGACACGUGCAUGUGGGCAUGGGCUCCGAGCACCGGCAGGAGGGGGGCGAAGUGCACCUAGGGUUGGGCGAGGGCUGGAGAGAGCGUCUGAGGGGCCCCCUGGAUGACCACGACCCUCGCGUGGUGACCGCCCUCAGGGAAGAGUACCUGCACCCACCCAGCAAUCAACCCUACCAGGUGGAGCGCUACGACCAGAGGCUCAACUAUAAGGACAUGGAGUCGUGGCGGUUCCUGCAUGAGAGUCUGAUGCGACUGUUCGCGGGACGGCCGCCGGGUUUCUUCGUGGAGGCCGGCGCGCUGGACGGCGAAUACCUGUCCAACACGCUGCACCUGGAAAUGGUCUAUGGCUGGAGAGGUCUUCUAGUGGAGCCAAACCCGAGCUCCUACAAGGAACUCCUGAAGAAGAACCGUCGGGCGUGGUCAUCCAACACCUGUCUGGCCAUUACGCCUUACCCGAGAGAAAUGGUUCUUGAGAUGGUGGACACGCACGCCAACGCUGCGACGUCGCAGGCCCUCUGGGUGAUCCGGGGCAGCUCCUUCCUGAGCGGCGAAGGCGGAGUGGCGCAGAAGCACAACUCCCGUACCUACGAAACUACUUACGCUGUUGUUCAGUGCUUCCCUUUCGCCACCUACCUAUCAGCUCUCAAUAUCACUAAGAUUGACUUGCUAUCGCUGGACGUGGAGGGCGCCGAGGAGAAGAUCCUGGCCACCGUCCCCUGGGAGGACGUCCGGGUGUCCGUCCUUCUGCUGGAACACUACGGGAGCAGCAAGGGAAAGGACCAGCGAUACGUGGACAGAAUAGAAGCCUACGGGUUUCGGCUCUAUGACUACCAUGUCGACAAAGACAAUAUUGGGGAUUACAUUUUCGUAAAAAAAUGAUUUCCUGUUACUAGAUAUGUAAAUAUAAUCAUGGCAAUACUUAUAUAAAGGGGGUAGGAAUAAGAUAUCAACAGCACCAUCAUGAUAAUUAGUUUUUAUUAUUGAUGCCAGUAUUAUCCUCGUGAAUAUUUGUUAAGAAUCCUUCGCCGUGAUAACAUUAUCAUUAUCAGCAGUGAUUACUUACUUUACAUAAUAUGAUGUAGCUGUUACUUCAGUGUGCAUAAACGUUCAUUACAGUAUUGUAAAUACAUCUUCCGGAGUGACA